AUGCCUCUCACAGGCGUCUACUUCAUCCCCUCACACCCCAAUUCCACCACCGCCCUCGCCACCAUCACUGAGCGCCUCCGCGCCGCCUUCGUGGAUGACGACCUCGUCCCCGUGGGCCGCUGGAGCCUGGAGCAGAAGCUGAUGCGUGACACCCCAGGCCUGCUGCCUGCGUCCGCAAACUCCGCCCAGCGACCCGCCAAGCCGCGGUACAUGCAGUUUCUGUCGCUGACGCACUACCCGCACCACGGGUUUAUCUACGCGUCCGAGCCCGCUGAGAAGCCAUUCCAUCCGCCCGGCGCGGCAUCGGCCAGUCCCGCCGGCGGGGCGCCAGCCAGUGCAUCGCCGCCUCCUACCGGACCCGGGCCAGGGACAGGCGCCACAGCAGUAGACUCAGCCGCCAUGGUAAUGACAACCGUCCCGCCGUCGGCAUAUGGAACCCUCUUCCAGCACUUCACCUACGCGUGCCAGCCGUUCUGGUGCCACCGGCUGACGGUCGCCGUGCCCAGCGGCGUCGUCUACGACGUCGGCGACUUCCGCGUGCGGCUCGGCGACGUGCGCCAGACCUACCCGGCCGCCCGCGUGCGCGGCACCGUGGUCGAGAUCGAGUGGCGCGGCCCGUCUGUUGUCGGCUCGUUGCCUACCAACCCUGACGACGCCAUAGUGUCGGAAGAUGCCGACUCGGGCAUCGAUGUCUCGUUCUCCGCUAUCGAGGACGCCGAUAUCGACGCCGAGUAUGCGGCUACCGCGUCGCUGAUCCGCGAGUUCUGGGGGCGGUUGGGAUUGGAGGGUGCUCGGGAGGCUAUUUUGGUUCCUGGGGUUGGGAAGGAGGUAAAAGAGCGAUUACGUCGGUAUAAGAGCCAGCCCCGGCAUCCGUCUGUUUCUGGGACUCUUUCGGAUGAAUUGGCGGGAGUGGUGGGUGUGAGUGGCGCGGAGGAUGACCCUGAUCCGCAGGCUGGGGCCGAUGUCGCUAGGCAGUUUAUGGAGGUCCUGCGGUUUAAUCGGUAG